AGGAGCAUUGGAAGCUGCUAGGCAACCUGAAGACCACAGUGGAAGGCUUGGUGUCCACCAGCAACCCAAACGUCUGGUCCAAGUAUGGCGGUUUAGAACGGCUCUGCAGAGACAUGCACAGCAUCCUCUACCAUGGGCUCAUCCACGACAAGGUGUGCUGCAGACAGAAGGAUUACUGGCAGUUCGUGAAGGACAUUCGCUGGCUGAGUCCCAGCUCUGCUCAUCACCUGGAGAAGUUCAUCAGCCUGCAGGAGAGCGGCCGGCGCGACCCAGAGGGCCCGGGGGACCAGGCCAUCGCGCAGCUGUGGCUGCAGCACAGCCUGCAGUGCCACUGCCUGUCGGCACAGCUGAGACCGCUCCUGGGGAACCGGCAGUACAUCAGGAAAUUCUACGCCGACACUGCCUUCCUGCUCAGUGACGCCCACGUCACGGCCAUGCUGCAGUGCCUGGAGGCUGUCGAGCAGAACAACCCCAGGCUUCUGGCUCAGAUCGACACCUCCAUGCUGGCCGGCACGUCACUGCCAUCCCUGUGCGCGUCAGGUCCUUCUGCUGGGACAAGAGAGGCGUGUGACCAUGAUGCUGAAGGACACAAGAGCCGUCUGCCUGGUGCGCUGGGCUGCCUGGAUCAUUUCACUGAGAGCCUGCUUACCCAGAGGAGUGACGGUCUGCCUCCGGUGACCAAGAGUCAGAGCCUGACUGCCCUCCCCGCGUCCCCGUAUGUCCCUGCUGCAGGCUGCACGCAGCAGCGCUGCUUUGGGUCCUUCUCCAGCCUCCACCAUCCAGCCUCCUGUGGCUUCUCAGACAGGAGACCAGCGAGCUCUUCCACCAGCUCCAGUGCCAGCCAGCCCCAGGAGCACUGCCCGUCCACCCGGUCAUCCUCUUUCAGCGACAGCAGGUCACCUCUGGAGCAGCCCGGCUCUGUCACCCGAUUCCACAACCCCUCACCCAAAGACCCCUUCUCUCCAGCCAGCGAGAUGAGCUCCAGCACCACCAGCCAGAGCGAGGACACUUGGACGGGGAGUCAGGAUGAUCCGCAGAGCGAUGUGAACGAUGGGCCGGAGUACCUGGCCAUCGGGAACUUGGGGCGCCGGGGCCGGGCAUGCAGCAGCGCCAGCACCAACAGCACCAAGAGCAGUAGCUCCAAACUCUUCUCCUCCAGCAGCUCCCAGAAGCUGGACUCGGUCCCAUCCCUGGGGGAGCAGGGGGCAAGUGGAGUUGGAAGCAGGGGCCUGAGCGUGUUGCGCCGGUCCAGCUUCUCAGAGGGACAGUCAGCAGCUCCACAGGGCAUCCUCAAGAAGAGCCACGUGCGCUCGCACUCCGAUACCAAUGUGGCUUCGGGGAAGUUGCACGGAGGCCUCAGGGAUAUCACCAUUAUAAUAGAAGAUCCAGUGGCAGAGUCCCAUGGUGAUCCAGGCGGAGGGAGAGGGCCAGUCUCUGCUUCCACCCAGAGCAGUGAACUGAGCACAUCCAGCUCCUUCUACAUGGAGUACGACUCUGGCCAGUACCUGAGCUCAGGAGAAGGGAUGUUCAGAAGACCCUCAGAAGGGCAGUCCCUCAUCAGCUACCUCUCUGAGCAGGACUUUGGCAGCUGUGCAGAUCUGGAGAAGGAGAAUGCCCACUUCAGCAUCUCAGAGUCCCUGAUCGCUGCCAUUGAGCUGAUGAAAUGCAACAUGAUGAGCCGGCAGCUGGAGGAGGAGGAGGAAGACAGCGACAAGGAGAUCCAGGAGCUUAAACAAAAGAUUCGCAUUCGGCGCCAGCAGAUCCGCACUAGGCACCUGUUCCCUACCUGCCAGGAGAUGGGCUCAGACAGUCUUGUGGCGACAGACAGUGAGUCCCAGUUCAGCUCCCAUGGCUCCAUGAGGCUCUCUGACUCUGGCUCUGCAGAGGACGUGGAAGAGUAUGAGAUCCGAGAUGCUGACAUCAAGAGGAACCCAGACUCCAGCAGGAAGUCCUUUCUCUCCUCAGAGUCCAUAUCCCACUCCUUCCUCAAUUCCAACUCGGCGGAGGCCGUGGCCAUGGGCUUGCUGAAGCAGUUUGAGGGCAUGCAGCUCCCGGCCGCCUCUGAAUUGGAGUGGCUGGGGGCCCCGAAAGGUAGGGGUCUCUUGCCCAUCCCCAACUCUCUGCCCAUCUCUCCCGACGACGGAGAACACGCCGACAUCUACAAGCUGAGGAUUCGGGUGCGUGGAAACCUGGAGUGGGCCCCACCACGACCGCAGAUCAUCUUCAAUGUUCACCCAGCCCCAACGAGGAAGGUGGCCGUGGCCAAGCAGAAUUACCGGUGUGCAGGCUGUGGCAUCCGGACUGAUCCCGAUUACAUCAAGCGGCUGCGGUACUGUGAGUACCUGGGGAAGUAUUUCUGCCAGUGCUGCCACGAGAACGCCCAGACAAUUAUCCCCAGCCGCAUCCUGCGCAAGUGGGACUUCAGCAAGUAUUAUGUGAGCAACUUCUCCAAAGACUUGCUGAGCAAGAUCUGGAGUGACCCGCUCUUCAACGUGCAGGAUAUCAAUCCUGCCCUGUACCGGAAGGUGAAGUCUCUCAACCAAGUGUGGCUGCUGCGAAUCCAGCUUUUCCACAUGAAGAACAUGUUUAAGACCUGCCGGCUAGCUAAAGACCUCCUGGACUCCUUCGAUGCGGUGCCUGGCCACUUGACGGAGGAUUUGCACCUCUACUCGCUGAGCGACCUCAGUGCCACGAAGAAGGGGGACCUGGUGCCUCGCUUGAUGGAGCUCCUGAAGGCAGGCAGCCUGCACGUUGAGAAGUGCAUGCUGUGCCAAGCUAAAGGCUUCAUCUGCGAGUUCUGCCAGAAUGAGGGCGACAUCAUCUUCCCCUUUGAGCUCAACAAGUGCAGGACAUGUGAAGAGUGCAAAGCCUGCUACCACAAAUCCUGCUUCAAAUCCACCCGCUGUCCCCGCUGCAAGCGGCUUCAAGCCCGGAGAGAGCUGCUGGCCAAGCAGAGCAUGGAGUCCUACGUCUCAGACUACGAAGACGAGCUGGAGCAGCCGGAGGCAGUGGCAGCCACAUGA